UGGGAAUGCAAUGCUCUUAUUAUCACAAGAACAGCCAUCAGUUGAAAUCAACAUUGGGCCCACUUAAGCACUGGGCCCCACUCUGUGAUUAUCCACCAACCACUCCUUCCUCUCACUCUCUCUCUUCUUCACUCUCCUCCGGUCGACAAUAACAACAACAAUUAUCGCCCAAAUUUAGACACAGAAGAAGGCGGGAGGUUACAGAGAAGAAAAAUGGCGUGUUUUGGGUUUUCUUCCAUUUUAGGAAACCCUAAUUCCGCGAGUCUCUCUCCUCCUUCUACUCCUUCCCUUUCAUUCUCUCCUAAAUUCUCUUCACUUUCCUUCAAUUCUCAUCCUUCUCUCUCUUUUCGCUUCCAUCAAUCCCUUUCUCCACGCCAUUCAUGCAAACAUCAUCAUCAUCAUCUCAAUUUUUCGGUUAUGGCAUCCACUGGUAACUCUAGGCCGUUGAGGAUUAUGAUUUCCGGUGCGCCGGCAUCUGGGAAAGGGACGCAAUGUGAGCUCAUUACUGGGAAAUAUGGUUUGGUGCAUAUUGCUGCUGGAGAUUUGCUUCGAGCAGAGAUAUCGUGUGGUAGUGAAAAUGGAAAACGAGCUAAGGAAUACAUGGACAAAGGACAGCUGGUUCCUGAUGAAAUAGUUGUCAUGAUGGUUAAAGACCGUCUGCUGCAGCCUGAUUCACAAGAGAAGGGGUGGCUUUUGGACGGAUAUCCAAGGAGCUUAUCUCAAGCAAUUGCUCUUAAGGAUUUUGGGUUCCUGCCUGACCUUUUUAUUCUUUUGGAAGUUCCUGAAGAACUACUUGUUGAGAGGGUUGUUGGACGGAGACAAGAUCCUGUUACUGGAAAAAUAUACCACUUAAAGUAUUCCCCUCCUGAGAAUGAUGAAAUUGCUGCCAGACUCACCCAGCGCUUUGAUGAUACUGAGGAAAAGGUAAAGUUGCGUUUGCAAACUCACCAUCAAAAUGUGGAGGCAGUGCUCUCCAUGUACGAAGAUAUAAUCGUUAAGGUUGAUGGGAGUGCUGAAAAAGAUGAUGUAUUUGCUCAGAUCGAUAAGGCACUCUCCAAUCUUGUGGAACAAGAGACUGCUUCAAAAUCCGUGGCAGCCUAGAUGUAGACUAGUAGCAAUUGGGCAUAAGUGCCCAUCCUUAUUUACGCCAAAGGUUCCGUAUUUGUAUUAGACAUCCGUUUCUAAGACUGGUAAUUGUCUCGGUUAUUGGUAAUUCUUUUGUAGAAAGAUUUUGAUCAGGUAUAUAUAGAAGCAGCUCAGCAGCUUUUAUAAGAAAUUCCCCAAAAUUAGUUUCCUUUGUAGACAAAUGGAAGAUCUGAAGAUUGUAGCUUUUGUAUAAUGAAAGCUUUCAUGCCAUUGUACAAUUUUGCAGGCAUCCUAUUACUUUUGUCUAUGAACCAUAAAUAAAUUUAAAUAUGUUUGCUCU